CACUCCUUCAAUAUUCGUUGCAAAAAUUUACAGAAUUGGCAUUCCUAAAAACAAGUUUUCAGAGGGGCAGAAAUGGCGGCAAGGCUAAAUGAGGCAGCAGAAGAACCUUUUUUGAGCUGAAUCAUCGGUGACCAUGUUUAUGGCAGCAAUGAUACAAACGCGAAACAAGCUACUGAAUCAUAAUCCAAAUCCUACUUUCGGUUUCACCACAGUCGCAGCUUCUGUCCUUCACUCUUUCUCAAAUCACUCUGUUUUUCCCUCCAUUGAUAGAACAAAAAACAUAUCUUUUUCUGCAACUCAAGAACCAGUAUUUCAGUUCAAAGACUCCUCUAAUCUCUUGAAUAACAAUACAAAACAUUUGGGAGCUGUUGUUUUGCCGGAAAAGUCAGUUUGUUCUGUUUCUAUAGUUUCAGACAAGUGUGAGUUUCUAGUGCAAAAAUACCUACUUUCUUUUUCUGAAAACGAUGCCCAAAGACUCCAUUUGGAUAUUAUUAAAUAUGGGGUUGUUAAAGAUUUGUACUUGUGCAACACACUUAUUAAUUUGUAUGUGAAAAAUGCUGAUUUGAUCUCUGCUCAUCAUGUGUUUGAUGAAAUGCCGAGCAGAAAUCUAGUUACGUGGGCGUGUUUGAUUACGGGUUAUUCACAGAAUGGGAUGCCUGAUGAGGCAUGUGGAGUUUUCCAAGAAAUGGUUUCGUCUGGGUUUAUUCCUAAUCAUUAUGCUUGUGGUAGUGCUUUGAGGUCUUGUCAGGGUUUAGGUGCUUGUGGGUUGAGGUUGGGGAUGCAAAUACAUGGUUUGCUUUUGAAAACAGGGCAUGCUUCUAAUGAAGUUGUUUCCAAUGUCUUGAUCUCGAUGUAUGGAAGUUGUGCAGGUAAUGGUGAUUAUGCUUGGCGUGUUUUUGAAGAGAUAGAGAAUAAGAAUUCAGUAUCUUGCAAUUCUAUUAUUUCAGUUUACUCUCAGCGAGACACAGUUUCUGCCUUUGAGCUCUUCUCCUUAAUGCAAAAAGAGGAUUUGGGGUUUACUUUUAAACCAACUGAGUUCACUUUUGGCAGCUUAAUUACUACUGCUGCUAAUCAUGUUAAUUGUGGUUUGCUUUUACUUGAGCAGCUUCUGGCAAACAUUGAAAAGUCUGGACUCUUGGAAGACUUGUAUGUAGGCAGUGCUUUGCUCAGUGGUUUUGGAAGGUUUGGGUCUCUCGAUACAGCGUUGAAGGUUUUCAAACAGAUGGGUGCAAGGAAUGCAGUGUCCUUGAACGGGCUCAUGGUCGGAUUGGUGAGACUUGGUCAGGGAGAAGACGCAGCUAAGGUUUUCAUGGAGAUAAGAGACUUAGUUAAAAUCAAUCCUGAUUCCUUUGUGGUUCUUUUCAGUGCAUUUUCUGAAUUCUCUUCAUUGGAAGAAGGGGAAAUAAGAGGCAGAGUGCUACAUGCAUAUGUUAUCCGGACUGGUCUGUGCAACUCCAAGGCUGCUAUUGGAAAUGCUCUGAUUAAUAUGUAUUCUAAAUUUGGUGAAAUCCAAAUUGCCCAUUUUGUUUUCCAGCUCAUGGUCAAUAAGGAUUCAGUAUCGUGGAACUCUAUGAUCUCCGCUCUAGAUCAAAAUGAUUGUUUUGAAGAUGCAAUAUCAACCUUCCAAUCUAUGAGGAGAAUAGGUCUGAUGGCUUCAAAUUACUCACUGAUAAGUGCUUUAAGUUCUUGUGGAAGUCUGAAUUGGAUAAAAUUGGGGGAACAACUGCACUGUGAAGGGAUAAAGUUAGGACUUGAUUUUGAUGUUUCAGUGUCUAAUACUCUUCUUGCUUUAUAUGCUGAUACUGGAUGUGUGGCUGAAUGCAAAAAAUUGUUUACCUUGAUGCCAGAACAUGAUCUAGUUUCAUGGAAUACCUUUAUCGGUGCAUUAGGUGAUUCUGAGACGUCUAUUUCUGAAGCCAUAGAGUACUUCAUACAGAUGAUGUGUGCUGGAUGGAGUCCUAACAAUGUGACCUUUAUAAAUGUCCUUUCAGCAAUAUCAUCUCUUUCUCUUCUUGGUCUUGUUCGUCAAAUCCAUGCUCUGGUGCUAAAAUAUAGUGCAAUGGAUGCUAAUUCUAUUGAAAACACAUUUCUUGCUUGCUAUGGUAAGUGUGGGGAAAUGGAUGACUGUGAGAACAUAUUUUCUGAGAUGUCUAACAGGAAGGAUGAUGUGAGUUGGAAUUUAAUGAUCUCUGGAUAUUUACACAAUGAGGUCUUACCAAAAGCCAUGGACUUAGUCUGGCUUAUGCUGCACAAGGGUCAGAAAUUAGAUGGCUUCACAUUUGCCUCUGUUCUCAGUGCAUGUGCCUCAAUCGCAACAUUGGAGCGUGGCAUGGAAGUUCAUGCUUGUGCAAUUAGAGCCUGUUUGGAAUCUGACGUUGUUGUUGGCAGUGCUCUUGUUGACAUGUAUGCCAAAUGUGGAAGAAUAGAUUAUGCUUCGAGGUUUUUUGAUUUAAUGCCUGUUCGUAAUAUAUAUUCAUGGAACUCAAUGAUAUCUGGUUAUGCACGGCAUGGACACGGACAUAAAGCACUAGAGCUUUUUACAAAAAUGAAGAUGGAUGGUCAAACACCUGACCAUGUCACGUUUGUUGGUGUCUUAUCAGCUUGUAGCCACGUGGGAUUUGUUGGGCAGGGCAUGGACUACUUUGAUUCCAUGAGCAAACAAUAUGGACUGACACCUCGGAUUGAACAUUUCUCAUGCAUGGUUGAUAUCCUGGGACGAGCAGGGCGGAUGAAUAAAUUGGAGGACUUCAUCAAUAAAAUGCCAUUAAAGCCCAAUGCACUUAUCUGGAGGACUGUGCUUGGAGCUUGUGGUCGAGCAAGCAGUCGUAAAACAGAUCUAGGUAGGAAGGCUGCUCACAUGCUCUUGGAGUUGGAACCUCAUAAUGCUGUGAAUUAUGUGCUUCUUGCAAAUAUGUAUGCUUCAGGAGGGAAGUGGGAGGAUGUGGCAGAGGCUCGGCGUGCAAUGCGAGAAGCAACAGUAAGGAAAGAAGCUGGAUGCAGCUGGGUUAGCAUGAGAGAUGGUGUUCAUGUUUUUGUAGCUGGUGAUCAAUCUCAUCCAGAUAAACAUGCAAUUUAUGAAAAACUUAAGGAACUGCACAAGAGGAUUAGAGAUGCAGGGUAUGUGCCACAGAUUAAAUAUGCCUUGUAUGAUCUUGAACUGGAGAAUAAGGAAGAACUCCUCAGCUAUCAUAGUGAAAGACUUGCAGUUGCUUUUGUUCUUACACGGAAAUCAGAUAUGCCAAUCAGAAUAAUGAAAAACCUUCGAGUUUGUGGGGACUGUCACUCUGCCUUCAGGUACAUUUCACAAGUUGUUGGUAGACAAAUAGUAUUACGAGACUCCAACAGAUUUCAUCAUUUUGCUGAUGGAAAAUGUUCAUGUAACGAUUACUGGUGAUAGAUCAAAUGUUGUCUAACUUAAAGAAAGGUAUGCUACUUAAUGAUGCAUUAACAGACUAAGGAAUGAAAAAGGUUCAAGCAUGUCAUGUCUGAAGUAUAGGAGAGGGCAGUUUGCAAGGGUGUUGCAUCAAUUAUUCUGGUGAGGACCUCAACAUUAUUUAGUAAAGUAUGCCAUAAUCUUGGUGUGGUUUGAAUUGCUUGAUAUAUUUCUGUAUCGUUUUAUGACAUGAAUCAGCUAUAAUGAUAGCAAAUGACACCAUCAAAUAAAAGGAGUAUGGCGAAUGUAAGGAGGGUUGAGAAUAUCAAACCCUACGUAAGCAUAUAUCCAAGUUGUUGGCAGACAAAUAGUACUAUGAGACUCCUGCUGAUUUCAUCAUUUUGUGCACUUGCUUAGUGGUCAAUGAAGUUGGAAGCGACCACGGGAAACCGGGGUAAGAACUCCAAAUCCCUGCAGAGGCGAAAAAUUGUUAGGUGAUUUCUUCCCAUCUGGCUAAAGCUUGGUGAACAAAGUUACCAUGUACAUGUAUUGGUGAGAAGCAGCAGGUACCAAGUGAAUUAGUCGAGAUGUGCACAAGUUGGCCCAUACACCACCACCAACACCUAAUAUGCCUCAGUCCCAAACAAGUUGGUGUUGGCACCACCAUUGUUAAAAAAAGAGGUUCUAUUUUUGCUGAUGGGGAGUGUUCUGUGACAAUUAUUGGUAAUUCAUCAUAUUCAUUCCAACUCAGAGCAAGGGGUGUUGCUUAAUGGGGAAUCAAAAACAGACGAAGUAAUGGGAAGAGUUCAGCAUGUCAAUGAAGUAUGGGAAGGGAAGCAUUUAGUUUUAAGGGUUGAAUAAAUUAUUCUGGUGGUGACGUCAACCUGAAGUUAUGAAAACAUACCAUACUCCUGGUGUAUGGUUGAUACUUGCUAUUAUUGUCAUAUUUCUUUGAUAUUUUAUGCUUGAAUUGGUUAGAGUGACUGCAAAUGACAACAUGAAAUCAAAGUUGAAUGUAUAAGUUAAACUGUAUCAAUGGUGCUCUUGCAUAAUAAAGGCCUUUGGGUUUGCAGGGCGAUUUCAUUGUUCAGACUUAACAGAUCAUGUAAAGUCCAGUUUUUGAUCUCUGAGAUACUCAUCCUUCAGGCGAGUGGUUCAUGGGAAGGCUACUCCUGCAUCUAGCUGAGCACACACCCAUGGUACUCCAUAGAUAUGGCAACUCGAGGAAGAAGUUAACAGCAGUAUGACCGAAAGAUGUUCAAUGUAAUUAAUCAAGUUCUAAUACCAACUUGUUGAUCAAGGGCAGGUAUUGUGCAUGAGCAGUAUGUCUUCCUUUGUGCUAGCUUGUUCUUUACUUUUGCAGUACUGAGUCCUCUUGUCUGUUCUGCAAGUAGCUACAACUAAUGUUACAUUAUAGAUGGGCACAAUAACAUGAAGGAUCAUGACCAACAUUGUCGAUCAUUAUAAAAUGGAAUAAUGAAGAUGUAGGUUCCUUCAAUACCAAGACUGAUUCUUUAUCAGGAUUACUUUACAGAAUGAUAAAAUGAGUUGGUUGAUUUCUCACCCUAGGAAAAACAUGUUUUGGCUAACAGAAGAAUUUUGUCUAGUGUUUAUGAUCAGGAUUAGACCCUGAUAUUUUUGAAGUUGAUUAUAUGGGACAAGACAGGUUUAAUUAUUUUACCAGUAUCUUGUCCGUAUUCUUUUUUGAACUAACAUGGGUAAUGCACGGAUAUCUUGCCUUAUGUUUGCAAUAGCAUUCACUUUGUUUCCUUCUCCUUCUUAGUAAGUUAUAAACCCAAACAUAAUCUAUAUUAUAUUUUUUUCUGAUGCAUAAUCCUAUAUUGUCACAUUGAAGUUGAUCAUAAUUACUUCACACUAAUGGUUACAAACGAACUGAUCUUGGAAACAAGUAAAGAGUAGAUACAACCAUGGCCACAGGUAUCUUAGAUAUUGUUAAAUAAGGUGAUGUGGUAAUACAUGGACUGGAUCCAAAGAUAUCACAAAAACUAUUGAAAAGAGAAGAAACAAGGAGAAUCAUUUUUUUUUAAUAAUAAAUGUGUAUUUGGAAUAAAAGGUAAAUGUUCUCUGAAAAAACAUCUUUAGGAAAAAACGUUCCUAUUUUGUUUUUCCGGUCAACAUCUGAAUUGGAACCGUCGAUCUUGGCCAUUAAUUAUCCCUGUUGUCCUCUCUGCUCAAAAAAUUAUAGCAAGACUUCAAGUUAACUUCCCAUGUUCUCUUCCUUCCUUUUGGCUGUCACUGUUGAGUGCCGAAUUACCCUUUAGUUAUUCAGUUGAUCCUUGACCAGGAUAUGGAAGUGAUAGUAGCUCUAUGAAAAUACAAUUUGCAAUCAGCUCGCUAAGUUAGUUGAAGAUCAUGAUGAUGACUUCAGCAUUCCCAUGGGUAAGAAUCUGAAGAAGGUCAGUACCAAGUUCUUAACUAUUUCACAGAAGAAGAAGCACCAGAACACAAGCCUACAGGGAUGAAGUAUCUCAGAGGAAUUACUUUAUUUCUUUGUUGCAGUUGGAUCAUUUGUCAUUCUUUCCCCCCUUGUUCAUUUAGGAAUUGAAAUCGAGACGGGUUAUGUGCAGUUAUUUUCAUGACUUGUAUAAAUUCUUCGCAGAUAUAUUCAAUGUUUCUGUUACUAAUAUAGUGAAACUGUGUAAGUUUGUGAAAGUCCUUGUUAACACUUGAGAUGAAUGGUCAUUUGGAGUUGUAGACUAACUGUACUUCAUACUAUCACAUAUGUACAGUGUAUCAUUAGUAACAAGUAAUUCUUAGCAAAACGUGAUCCACUGGGGGCAUUUUUCUCUUGCUUGGGUGUCCAUUUUCAUUCUGGGUGUCACCACAAGAACUAGUGCUGGUUAAACAAGCUGUGUAUUGUGAAUCUCUCAUGAUAGUGAAGCCAGUUCUGUUUAGUGUAUCUUCAGAUCACGUGCAGAUAUAAAGAGUAGUCAUCGACUUCUGGGAAGGAGUAGAAGAAUGAGACCUAUUAUGGGACAUACGAUGUAUUACAGAUGUAUGAUCAUUACGCUUCAUCAGGGCCCAUUUUUCUUGGAGCAGAUAGAUGAAGAGGAUAACAACAAUCUCAACAGUAAAAGCCAGGCAGCCCAGUGUGCAUCACAAAAACCAGUGAGCUGUGCUUGUUUAUCAGAACUCAUGAGUAUCCCCGGACCUGGUGCUGUUCUAACAUAUUUAACCACCUUCAAUGCUGCAUUCCAGUGAGAAAGUGUUGGUUUCUGCAUGAAUUGGCUUAAACAUUGAACUGAGAAAGCAAUAUCAGGCCUUGUGUUAGUAAGAUACAGUAGUUUGCCAAUCAACCUUUGAUAUUUGUUUAUAUCAGUAAAUAGUUCAUCA